CUUCUCCUCGCCACUCCUCGUCCUUCUUCACACCUUUUCUCCUCUCCAUCCCUUCUUUUCAUUUGCGGAUCAUCACCUUUGUUGUUCUAUUCAUUCAAAUUCAAGGAGAUCUGCAAACGACUGAAGUCAUGGACAUCCAAGCACUCUACAGCCUGUUCCAGGCCACAUUCCAGCAGGACACCAAUGUCCGCAUGCAGGCUGAGUUGCAGCUAAAGCAGCUCGAGGGCACUCAGGGCACCCUUCUUUCGUCCAUGCAGAUCAUCGGAUCUGAAGAGUCAGAUAUGCAUGUGCGCCAGGCUGCAUCAAUCUACUUUAAGAAUGCCAUCAAGCGCUACUGGUUCGAGUCAGAGUCUGCACCCGAGCACCUCAAGAUCUCUGAGGGUGACAGGGAUACCAUCAAGAGCAACAUUCUUCAACUCUUGGCCAGCACUCCUCCAGUCGUCCGCACUCAGCUGAUUACUGUUCUCGGAGUGAUUCUCGCCAACGACUUUCCCGCCAAAUACCCAGGCUAUCCCAGCCAAGUCCAGGCCCUGCUUCAGUCACAGGAUCCCAAGAUUGUCUACGUUGGAUUGGUGGCGUUGAAGGAACUUACUCGCGUCUACAAAUUCAAAGUUUCGGAUCGCGAACCCGUCGAGGAGAUUAUUGCUACUUUCUUCCCGACCAUUCAGCAAAUCGGCACUGGAUUGGUCUCUGCCAACAACGUCGAGGCCGCGGAGAUGCUCAAGAUCAUCUUCAAGUGCUACCACCACACUAUUCAGCUGGACCUCUCGGAGCGCCUCCGCGAUAACUCGUCCCUCGUUCCUUGGGGUACCCUCUUCAUUCAAAUGGUCGAGAAGCCAGUCCCUACCGAGGGUCUUCCUACAGAUUUAGAAGAGCUGGAGAAGCACCCCUGGUGGAAGGCGAAGAGAUGGGCAUACCAAUGCCUGAACCGUAUUUACACUCGUUACGGAAACCCUACUGCUUUGACUUCGGAGUCGAAGUUCAAGGCCUUUGCCACCGGCUUUGUCCACAACUUUGCGCCCAACAUUUUGUCCGCAUAUAUGAAGCAAGUCGAACUCUGGGUUGCUAAGCAAGCGUGGCUCAGCCCUCGCGUCCUCUGCUUGAUGGGUAACUUUUUCGAGGAGAGUGUCAAGGACAAGCACAUGUGGUCAUUGAUGAAGCCCCACUCCGAGACUUUGAUCACGCACUUUGUGUUCCCUCAACUGUGCUUCACACAAGCAGAUGAAGCGCUCUGGAUCGAUGAUCCCGUCGAAUAUGUUCAUGCCAAGAUUGAUGUCCUUGAGGAUUUCAGCAGCCCUUCAACAGCAGCGACCAACUUUAUGACCGUCAUGGCUCGCUACAGGCAGAAUGCCUUUAUGCAAGUCCUUUCCCUCGUCAACAAUGUUCUUCAGAAGUACAAUGAGUCCCCUGCAGAGGCCAAGAAUCCUAGGGAGAAGGAUGGUGCUUUGGUCAUGAUUGGAGCCUUGGCCCCACUGAUCCUCCGCAAGAAAUCGCUGGCCCAGAGCAUGGAGCCCUUUAUUGUCAACCACGUCUUUCCAGAGUUCAAGAGCCAGUUCCCAUUCCUCCGCGCUCGUGCCUGUGAAAUGAUUAACCACUUCAGUGAGCUGGACUUUGAGGAUUCCAACAAUGUCGCUAUCGCUUUCACCAGCUUGAUGGAGAGCCUUCGCGAUAGCCAACUUCCUGUCAAGGUCACUGCUGCCUUGGCCCUUCGCCCCAUGAUCCGCCAUGAUGACGUUCGCGAGGCCAUGAAGCCUCAUCUCCAGUUCAUCAUGCACGAGCUCUUGUCUAUUACCAACCAGAUCGACGUUGACACACUCUCGGAGGUCAUGGAUGAGUUCGUAGAGGUAUUUGCUCAGGAUCUAGCGCCAUUUGCUGUGCAGCUGUGUGAGCAGUUGCGUGACACCUUCUUGCGCAUCUGCGCCGAUAUGGGUCCCAGUGCUGAUGGCUUGGAGGACGUUUCAGACCGCGCCAUCGACGAGGCCUCUGACAAGACGAUGGCUGCCAUGGGUGUUCUCAAGACCAUGGGCACCCUGAUCUUGAGCUUGGAGAGCACACCCGAGGUGUUGAACCAGCUCGAGAUUGCACUUUUGCCCGUGAUUACGUUCACACUACAGAACGCGAUCAUUGACCUGUUUGAUGGCGUUUUCGAAAUCAUUGACAGUUGCACGUUCUCCGCUAAGGCCAUCUCAGUCAAUAUGUGGGGCGUCUUUGAGCUGAUCUACAAGACCUUCAAGGAGUCGGCACUGGAUUUUAUGGAGGAGAUGCUGCCAUCGAUCGACAACUACAUCUCCUAUGGCAAGGAGGUGUUCUGCACGAACGAGAAUGUGCAGCACACGAUUUACGAUAUCAUCGAGACAGUGAUGAAGAGCGACCGUCUCGGUGAGAACGAUCGCGUCUGCGCCUGCAAGUUGGCCGAGUCCUUCAUGCUGAAUUGCCGUGGCCACGUCGACAAGUAUGUUGCCCCUAUCCUAAAUCUGAUCUUCCAUUAUCUGGCUCCCGAGGAGGGCAUCCAGACGGUCGAGUUCCGUGUCCAGGCUACUGAGGUUGUAAUGAACGCUCUAUACUACAAUGCGCCCGUGACCCUGCGUCUCUUGGAGGAGAACGGAUGGACUCAGCGCUUCUUUGAGGUCUGGUUCGCGAACCUGGACAAGUUCUCGCGCGUGCACGACAAGAAGCUGUCGAUUUUUGCCCUGUGCGCUAUUAUCAAUGUCCCUGUCGAGCAGUUGCCCGCCACGCUCCAGAGCGCAUGGCCUCAGGUGUUAAACGGAAUUAUCCGUAACUUUGAGGGUCUUCCCACCGCUCUUGCCAAGCGCAAGGAGAUGGAAAAAAUGUAUAACAUCAUCUCGGACGACGAGGAUGAAGAUGACGAGGAUGAUGACGAUGAGGAUGAGGAAGGACAGACUGCUCUGGAGAAGGCGCUCGCCUCUGACGAGGAAGGUAUUGAGGAGGACUGGGUCGACGACGAGGAAGAUGUCUAUGACGAGGGCCACGAAUAUCUCGAGUACCUGGCUCAGCAAGCAGCGAAGAAGAGCGCCGCCAAAGAGGAUGGCGAGGAAGAGGAUGACGAUGCGGAGGAGGAUGAGGAUGAAGAUGAUGCUGACGAUCUAGAGGAGGAGAUCUACUUUGAGUCGCCUCUGGAUGACCUGGAUCCAUAUGUUGUUUUCGGUGAGGUCUUCACAGGGCUCCAGCAGCACAACCCUGCAUCGUACAAUGAGCUCACGAAGGCGUUGACGGCCGAGCAGCAGGCGUACGUGAUGCAUUUGCUGCAGGUCGCCAAGGCGAAUGCCGAAGCUGCUACUGAAGCCGCUGCUGGCGAAGCCUAAAGGACGCCGUACUGUUGUUUAACAUGAUAUACCAAGAAAAAACAAAAAAAGCCAAUAGCAAGCACUCCAGAACAAGCAUCUUCCAAGUCGCAAACAAGGCACACACUGCACAAUAUAAUAAAAUACAAAAAUAAUAAAUGC